AUGGAAACGAAGAAAAUGGUGAAUUUCAAGUUUUCCCAUUUCAUAAUCUUCCUACUCUUUGCCACUUCAUGGACACAAGGAAAACGUGUUCCCCGAGUUGCGGGUGGAUUCAACCAGUACGCCCCGCACCAAGUAAGUUUGGUGGACACUGUGGAGGGCACACAUUUCUGCGGUGGGUCAAUCCUAAAUUCGCACACCAUCAUUACCGCCGCCCAUUGUCUGUACCGUCGAAAUCGUGGCAAUGAGCCGCCAUCCCUGAACACCCCUCGAAUUCCGCACGAGAUUCGCGUCGUGGCUGGAGAGUACAGUCUCCAACUUCGCGACGGAACGGAACAGAUCCGUCAGGUCAAGGUACUCCAACCGUAUGGCGGGUACGAUCCGGAUAGAUUUUAUCAAAACGAUAUCGCUCUCCUCCAACUGACAGCCCCACUGAAAAUAAAUCGAUUCGUUCAUCCAAUUCGGAUACCGAGUCGAAACAGGCAGUUUAAAGGAAAUGUAACCGUGUAUGGAUGGGGAGCCUAUAUUUCCAAGGUGUAUUUGCAUACAAACAGCUAUUCCGCGGUCACACCUGACACCCUGCAAUCCGGCGUAAUGUCAAUCAUCCCAAGUUCUGAGUGUCGCCGUGGUCUGAACAACUGGAGCGGAUUUGAUGAACAAGUCAUGUUUUGUGCGAGGUCGAGUAAAACAUCGAUUUGCGAAGUCGGGGAUUCUGGGUCUGGUGCCGUUUGCGCGUAUUGUGGACCAUUGAUGGAACCAUCUUCAAACAUUGGGGUCGCCCACGCAUGCGUUGACGUCCUCUGCGGAAUUAUUUCAACGGGGUUCAACCACUCGGAUUGUUUGGUUGAUGAAGACGGAAAACUCCUUAACCCCCCACCGCCCAACGUUUUUACUAAAGUGUCCCUUUUUCCGACUUGGAUUAAUUCCAUGCUCCGCACCAGAUUAAAAGUGGACGGCACCUUUCUCUGCGAUGAUCUUGAAUACGUCGCGCAAGGGAAGCAGUGUGAUGGAAAGGAUGACUGCAGCGACGCCUCAGAUGAGCAUAAUUGCCCCUUGAUGAAGUGA